AAAUUAUUUAAUAUGAAUUUUAAACAGGUCUUUAGGCCAAGACAAGUCACCUCAAGGGUGUUCAGGAGGUUUAAGAACAAUGUUUUACUGUUGAGUAUCGUCCUUGGUGUAUCAAUCCUGUGAAACUUUGUCACGGCACAACACACUUGGGAAGGCGAUAACUAUGAUCACUACAAGUUGAUCGAAAAAGAUAGAGGCUAUAUUGAAAUCUUUUCAAACAGAGAUGAAGUAUGUACUAGCUGGGUAAUAAUACCAGGAACUGAGCUCUUGCCAUACCCUCUGCUUGCAAUAGCUUACUUCUGUGCAUUGAUUUACCUAUUCCUUGGAGUAGCCAUUGUCUCUGAUUUGUUCAUGGGAGCUAUCGAAGUUAUCACUUCUCAAACAAGAAAAGUAUCAUACACUGAUGAUGAUGGAAAUCCAAAGACAAUUGAAGUCCAAGUGUGGAAUCCAACUAUUGCUAAUCUUACAUUAAUGGCUUUGGGCUCAAGUGCACCAGAGAUUCUUUUGUCAAUCAUUGAAACAGUAGGCAGCUUGGGAAGUACACCAGGAGAACUUGGUCCAUCCACAAUUGUAGGCUCUGCAGCGUUCAAUCUCUUGGUAAUUACCGCAGUUUCAAUUAUUUCGAUUCCCUCUGGUCAGACCAAGAAAGUAGAUGAUUUAGGUGUGUUCUUUACUACAGCUAUCUUCUCCCUACUAGCUUACAUCUGGCUAUACAUCUGCUUAGCUCUAUGGACGGAAGAUAGAGUAACCAUCCCAGAAGCCAUUCUGACCCUAACGUUUUUCUUCAUCCUUGUAGUCCUUGCUUUCUCUGCUGAUAAAAUCAACGAGCGAAGACUAAAGAGCAAGAAAAUAGCUGAUGGAGUAGAAUCAGAUGGCAAGCCUGAAGGAAUCCAUCAAUUAUUCAAUAUCGAAGAUUUCUACCACAUUUUAAGACUUGCCAAAGAAGAGAAAAAGAACCAUGACGAUACUAUGAAGCCUGAGGAGCAUGAAGAACAUGAAGAAGAGGAAAAAGGAGCAGAAAACAGACCUCAGAAAGCAUUUGAUGGAGCAAGCAAUCAGGAAUCUCAUGCUAAGGCUAUGGACAAGAGAAAGAAACUUGAAAGUUAUCUUAAAGAGACCUUCCAAGUUGAUGAUAUCAAAGAUAUUGAUCCUGAAGAUGUAAGGAAAGCCAUGGAGCCAAAAUCUGUUAUUGGCAGAAUGAAAUACAGAAGAGUCAUUGGAAAUCAACUCUCAGGAAGAAAACCAUUCGUAGUUGUUAAAGGUAUGAAAAAGCAAAUGGAGAACCAAACAGUUGGAAACCUUAAGAAAUCAGAGCUGAAUCCCUACGUUGGAUUUAAGUGUCUCCAUUAUUCAGUAACUGAGGGCGCUGGCUACUUAGAAGUCACAGUUCACAAGAAAACUCCAGAUGCCUUAGAGAUUGGAGUCAGAACCUUAGAUGAUACAGCCUGUGCUCCUGAUGACUAUCACUCAAUUGAUGAAACACUUAUCUUUCAGAAGGAUGAAAUGCAAAAGACGAUUAAAGUAGAGAUCAUCGACGAUAACGAGUGGGAGCCAGAUGAAGAUUUCUUGAUUGAACUUUACGAUGUUAACACUUCUCACAAACUCAAAGGGAAAGACACCCAAACAAGAGUCACCAUCAUUGAUGAUGAUGAACCUGGAAAGCUUGGGUUCCAGCAAGCGAAGAUGACUUGCCAAUCUAAAAAUAAGAUUCUUAAAGCUAAAGUUGUCAGAAAACACGGAUGUGAUGGAAUUGUCAAAGUAAAAUACAAAGUCAAGGAAGCUGAGGGAAAAUCUGGAGAAAAGGCCAAAGAGUACGAACACUUCUUGCCAAAAACAGAGACUUUGAUCUUUGAGCAUGGUGAGAUCGAGAAGGAUAUCCAGGUUAACAUCAUUGAAAUUGAGGAUGAAGAUCCGGACCGGGAUGAAAUUUUUGAAAUUAAGUUAUUCGACAUCGAACCAGAAGGCGCCCAACUUACCAAGAAGGAUAAAUGUAUUGUGCACAUUGUCGGAGAUAAUGAACUCGACAACAAAGUUGAAGAUAUAGAGAAGUUCUUAGACCUCAUGCAGAAAUCUGAGAAUGUAUCAUGGAUCUCUCAAUUCAAGAAAGCAUGUUUACUCCAUCCACAAGUAGACGAGGAAGGAAAUAUAGAUGAUGUAACUGCCAUGGAAGCUGUCUUGCAUUUCUUAAGUAUUGGCUGGAAGGUACUCUUCGCAAUCAUUCCUCCUGCAAGGAUGUGUAAAGGCUGGCUCAGCUUUAUAGUAUCACUUUGCUUCAUUGGAUUUGUGACGGCUAUUAUUGGAGAAUUUGCUGAAUUAUUCGGAUGAGUCAUUGGUCUUAAGCCAGCUGUCACUGCUAUCACCUUUGUUGCACUUGGAACCUCCCUCCCAGAUACUUUUGCAAGUAAACAAGCAGCACAAGAAAGUAAAAAUGCUGAUAGUGCUAUUGGAAAUGUAACUGGAUCUAACAGUGUUAAUGUUUUCUUAGGAUUGGGCCUUCCUUGGGUUAUCGCUAUCAUUUACUACGAAUCUAAGAAUGAACAUUACAAUGUCCCUGCAGGAACCCUAUCUUUCUCAGUUAUGCUGUUCUUGAUCACAUCAGUUACAUGAUUCAUCUUCCUCAUAGUUAAAAGAAUACUUACAGGAGGAGAGCUUGGAGGUCCUAAUGGAUUAUGGAGAUGGGGAAGUUUUGUCUUCUUGGUCUUCCUCUGGAUCAUCUACGUCCUGUUCUCAUCUCUUAAAGCAUAUGACCAUAUUUAAAUGAUCCAUAAGAUGAGCUUGAUUUAGACUAAUGA